CCGAAAAAUUAAACAACAAUUACAAAUUGAGCUGCCACUUUGGUGGAAACGCGAAGAGUGCAACGUGCCACGUGCAACUUGACGCCUCAUUUGGCCGAACUUCCGCCGACGUCCGACAUUAUCCAAGGAAAAUGGCUAUCUGCGGCGCUGGCCCCACCUUAAUGUCUCUGGUCCUGGCAGUGAUUCUGACUGCAAUCCAGGCCACGGAUACCUGGCAGCGUUUACCCACCCUGGAAACCUUCUCCACAUAUGAAGACAUGCAACGCUAUUUCGAUCAGCGCAAUUUUCGCAGCAUGCGGCACAUUGACAAUCCCACGGACGACAGCUACCUGGCGGCCUUCAAUCAGUAUAACGAGCAGCUCGAGACUCGGUCACCCGUCCACAGCCAGCCCCGGGUGAAGCGGGAGCAGCGCCAACUGCCUACAGCACCGCGGAUGCUGCGCUUUGAGCUGGCAGAUGCCGUAGAACCGAGUCCGGAACUGAAGCAAAUUCUGCGCCAGUAUCAUGCCCGGGCCCUGAAGGAGAGUCCAAGUCCCGCUCCUGAGAGCAGCACCACCCCGGCAGCAGUCGUUGACGCCACCCAGGCCACCACCAGGAGCGUUCGGUCACGGAAACCCCGUCGCCAGAGACGCUCAGCAAACGGUGCCCAACAGCCGGCGGAGUUCAAGGUGCAGAUGAUUCCCUUCGAGGAGACGGACGCUCGGGAACCGGAUCCACUUACAGCGCAGCUGAUAAAGAAGGCUCGAACCCUGGAUCUGCAGAGUCAGGCCACCAGGUCGUCCAGACCCCAGGAGACGAGGAAGAAGACCUUUCAAGUGAGGAUCCGCAAGACGAAGCGCUCCAAGCGCUCCGCUCCGCAGAUGAUCAAGUUCGAGUUGGCGGAUGCUAAGCCCUUGCCCCAGCGAUCCGGGAAGCAACUACUCCCCGAGACGCCCACGUUGCUGACCAUGGAAACCCAUUCGAAGAACAAGACCCAGUUGGACUCUACCACGCCCAAGGUGGAGGAGAACGAUAUCCUCACGGGUGAGGCCACGGCAGAGACCAAGCGGAUGUACGUUUACAAGGAAUCACCUCUCAGCUCCGGGCAUGUGAAGACCAAGAAAUCCCUGAGUGCUUUGCCCCACGAGGUCCAGAAGGUCAUCGGCCAUCUGAUGAAGGAUGGACACGGCGGCAAGGCGUACGUGAAGUAUGUGCCAGCCCAGAAGUCCGACUACGAGCACUACAAGGCGAAGCCCGUGGCCUACGGGCUUAAGCCCCUGGGUAACUACGUCAAGUAUAUCCACAAGACAGCGGAACCCUCGGCGGCUCCGGCCCCGGCCCCAGCUCCCGUCCAGGUGCACAUCCAGCCGGUGCCCGUGGUGGAGCAGCUGCGGUAUGUGUACAAGCCCAACUACGUAGCUCCUUCUCCCACCAUUGCCCAGCCCAUUGUGGUCCAGGAAGUGGUCCCAGCUCCCACGGUGGCCGUGGAGGAGGUGCACCACACCUACACCGCCGAACUGGCUCCGCCGCCAACCCAAUCCCUGGACGUUAUUGUGCCGCAGUUCAGACCCUCCAAGCCGGAUCCCCUGCUGGCCGAGUCGCCUGCCAUCUAUGGCACUCCCCAGGAGCAGCAGUAUCAGUACGAAGUCCAGCCGGAGGCCUCGCCGCUGAUCAAGAUCGAGUACCAUGCUCCGGCGGAUAGCCUCAAGGAGCACUACAAACAGCUGCCCGAAUUCCAGCAGCUGUCCACGCUGAUCGGCAAGUCGCCGGAUGACCAGAUCCAUGGACUGACCUACUUGCUCGCCAAGGAAAUGCAGGCCAAGCUGCAGCGGCAGGGCAAGCAUCUGGCGGAUCGUCCGCAGGACAGCACAGCCCCUAUCCUUUUCCACCCCGGACAAGGUGCGUCCCCGGCCCCCACUCUCAAGACUCUGGCAGAGCAUGGACACCUGGGUAUUCAGCCGGGAAGACUGAUCGGAAUGGCCAAGACCAAGCAGUAUGUGCCCAUCAUCGAGCCCGGCAACAACGACGUCAAGGAGCUGCCCCCUGUAUCCAGCACCAAGCUGCCCACGCCCAGUUCCUACAUUGAUUACACUCACGGCCAUGGACUGUCCAAUGGAUACGAGGGUGUGCCGCAUAUAGAGGAGCCUGAGGUCACUACAGUGGAGCAUGUGGUUCACCAUCCGACAGUGGCCACACUCCAGCACCAGCAUCAGAUUCAGCAACAUCACCAGAUUCAGCCUCAGAUUCAGCAUCACAUCCAGCACCAAAUCCAGCACCAGCAUCCGCACCUGGAACACCCUCUAGAGCACCAUCAUCAUGGACUGGUUGCCACCGUGCUGCCGGCGGAAUUGGAUGCGGACAAGGGCGUGAAUGGGCUGCACUUUGUUCACAGCCAGGAGGACAAGUCGCUGCAGCAGUACGCCUCAAAGUAUGCGUUCGGCUAUCGCAUACGUGAUUUCCACACCGGCAACGACUUUGGCCACAAGCAGAACCGUGACUUGCACGGCGUGACACGCGGCCAGUACCACAUCCUCCUGCCGGACGGACGCAUCCAGAACGUGAUCUACCACGCCGACGACUCGGGCUUCCACGCAGACGUCAGCUUCGAGAGCGGCGCCAAGCAUUGAGUCAGACCCAAAGCGAGCGGCCUAAUG